AUGCCGCUGCUAUUCAAGAAACUAAAACAGGUGGCGAAACCAAUUGCCUACGUUUCUAGAUUUUCAGCAAAACGUCCGAUCCAUAUAAUACUGAUUUCUUUGAUAAUAUCUGCAUUUGCUUAUCUAUCCGUCAUCCAGUAUUAUUUCAAUGGUUGGCAGCUAGAUUCAAACAGCGUUUUUGAAACUGCUCCAAAUAAAGACUCCAACACUCUUUUUCAAGAAUGUUCUCAUUACUAUAGAGAUUCUUCUCUAGAUGGCUGGGUUUCAAUAACCCCACAUGAAGCUAGUGAACUGUCAAUUCCUCACCAUUACUACCUAUUAAAUUUGAAUUUCAAUAGUCCAAAUCAAACCGCAUCCGUCCCAGACCUAUCCAAUACCGUUUUUGAAAAGGAGAAUACAAAAUACAUUUUGCAAGAAGAUCUUGACGUUUCUAAAGAAGUUUCCUCUGCUGAUGGAACAAAAUGGAGGUUGAGAAGUGAUAAAAAAAGUCUUUUCGACGUAAAGACAUUAGCAUAUUCCCUCUUUGAUGUAUUCUCAAAAAACGUAACUCAAGCAGACCCAUUCGAUGUCCUCAUUAUCGUUACAGCUUAUUUAAUGAUGUUCUACACCAUAUUUGGCCUCUUCAAUGACAUGAGAAAGACUGGGUCAAAUUUUUGGCUAAGCGCCUCCACGGUGGUCAAUUCAGCGUCUUCUCUUUUUUUAGCGUUGUAUAUUACUCAAUGCGUCUUGGGAAAAGAAGUAUGCGCUUUAACUCUUUUUGAAGGUUUACCCUUUAUUGUGGUCGUUGUUGGUUUCAAACAUAAAAUCAAGAUUGCUCAGUAUGCCCUAGAAAAAUUUGAGAGAGUUGGUUUAUCCAAAAGAAUUACUACCGAUGAAAUCGUUUUUGAAGCCGUGGGUGAGGAAGGUGGCCGUCUAAUUCAAGACCAUAUGCUUUGCAUCUUCGCUUUCAUAGGUUGCUCUAUUUAUGCUCAUCAAUUAAAGACUUUGACAAACUUUUGCAUAUUAUCAGCGUUUAUCCUAAUCUUUGAAUUGAUAUUGACUCCCACAUUCUACUCCGCUAUUCUAGCCCUGAGAUUGGAAAUGAACAUCAUCCACAGAUCCACCAUCAUCAAGCAAACUUUGGAAGAAGAUGGUGUUGUUCCCUCUACAGCAAGAAUUAUUUCUAAAGCAGAAAAGAAAUCUAUUUCUUCUUUCUUAAACCUCAGCGUGGUCGUGAUUGUCAUGAAACUAUCCGUCAUAUUAUUGUUUGUCUUCAUUAACUUUUACAAUUUUGGUGCAAAUUGGGUCAAUGAUGCCUUCAACUCCUUAUAUUCCAAUAAGGAAAAAAUUUCUUUGCCAGAUUUCAUUACUUCGAAUACCUCUGAAAACUUUAACGAGCAAGCUAUUGUUAGUGUCACCCCACUAUUAUAUUAUAAACCUAUUAAGUCCUAUCAACGUAUCGAGGAUAUGAUUCUUCUAUUACUUCGCAAUGUUAGUAUUGCCAUUCGUGAUAGAUUCGUCAGUAAGUUAGUUUUUUUUGCCUUGGUAUGCAGUGCUUUCAUCAAUGUUUAUUUAUUGAAUGCUGCUAGAAUCCAUACCAAUUACACUGCAGAUCAAUUGGUAAAGACCGAGUUCACUAAAAAGUCUCGUGCAGUUCCUGCGUCGAAGACUACUACUCCAGUUUUAACUAAUAAAACUAUUAUUUCCGAAUCAAAAACGAAAACCUCAACAAUUGUGCAACCAAGUUCUUCGGUAUCCUCAUUUUCUUCCAGCGAAGAAGAUGAAUCUCGUGAUAUUGAGACUUUAGACAAAAAAAUUCGUCCUUUAGAAGAAUUGGAAGUGUUAUUAAAAAGUGGAAAUACUGAUCAAUUAAAGAACAAAGAAGUUGCUGCAUUGGUCGUUCACGGUAAAUUACCUCUAUAUGCUUUGGAAAAGAAAUUAGGCGAUACUACUAGAGCUGUCGCGGUACGCAGAAAAGCCCUUUCCAUUUUGGCAGAGGCACCCGUUUUAGCAUCCGAUCGUCUGCCAUAUAAAAACUAUGACUAUGAUCGUGUAUUUGGUGCCUGCUGUGAAAAUGUUAUUGGUUAUAUGCCAUUACCUGUUGGUGUUAUAGGCCCCUUGGUUAUCGAUGGUACAUCUUACCAUAUCCCAAUGGCAACUACAGAGGGUUGUUUGGUAGCUUCUGCUAUGCGUGGUUGUAAGGCAAUUAACGCCGGCGGCGGUGCAAUAACCGUUUUAACUAAGGAUGGUAUGACAAGAGGUCCAGUGGUCCGUUUCCCUACCCUAAAAAGAUCUGGUGCUUGCAAGAUUUGGAUUGAUUCUGAAGAAGGUCAGAACACUAUUAAAAAGGCAUUCAACGCCACAUCAAGAUUCGCACGUUUACAACACGUACAAACUUGUUUGGCGGGAGAUUUACUGUUCAUUAGGUUUAGAACUACUACUGGUGAUGCCAUGGGUAUGAACAUGAUAUCCAAAGGUGUUGAACAUUCUUUGAAACAAAUGGUAGAGGAAUACGGUUGGGAAGAUAUGGAAGUCGUUUCCGUUUCUGGUAACUACUGUACUGAUAAAAAACCAGCUGCUGUUAACUGGAUUGAGGGCCGUGGUAAGAGUGUCGUUGCGGAAGCCACAAUUCCUGGUGAUGUUGUCAGAAAAGUGUUGAAAAGUGAUGUUUCCGCAUUGGUUGAAUUAAACAUUGCUAAAAACCUGGUUGGAUCAGCAAUGGCUGGAUCUGUUGGUGGAUUUAACGCACACGCGGCUAACUUAGUGACUGCCGUUUUCUUGGCAUUAGGACAAGAUCCUGCACAGAACGUUGAAAGCUCCAACUGUAUAACAUUGAUGAAGGAAGUAGACGGUGAUUUAAGAAUUUCCGUAUCCAUGCCAUCCAUCGAAGUUGGAACUAUUGGUGGUGGUACUGUUCUUGAACCACAAGGUGCUAUGCUAGAUUUACUGGGUGUAAGAGGCCCACAUGCUACUGCCCCUGGUACCAAUGCCCGUCAAUUAGCAAGAAUAGUUGCCUGUGCUGUCUUGGCUGGUGAACUAUCCUUAUGUGCGGCCUUAGCGGCCGGCCAUUUGGUACAAAGUCAUAUGGCACACAACAGGAAGCCCGCCGAGCCAAAACCCAAUAAUUUGGACGCCACUGAUAUCAAUCGCUUGAAAGAUGGGUCCGUUACCUGCAUUAAAUCCUAA